AGCUUCAAACAACCAAGAUGUCGACUGGAGAAUUGAAAAAUAUAAAAAAUGAAUUAUAUAAUAAUAAAAAUGUAAAAUCUAAUCUAACAAGGGCUAAAUUGUUACUAGCUCAACUCGGUUUGGUUAUACCCAAAGAUAGUGACAAAAACGACGAGUUGGCUGAUUUGAAAGAUAUCUUAGAAUAUGGUUGCCACUAUUCCAUCAGAGAAACUGAUAUUAGCGCUUUCGAAAGCUACUUGAAUCUCCUCAAACCAAUUUGGAUUCACUUCAAUACACAAUCUCCAGACAUUAUUUCACUCCAGUUGCUCAUACAACUCAUACAGAACAAGAUUUCUGACUUUCACACACUCCUAGAGACCCUCCCAAUUGAACUGCUCAAUUCACAUGAGAUUUCCAUUCCAGUCAAGCUCGAGAGGUUCAUUAUGGAGGGUAGCUACUCCAAAUUGUUCGAUUACAAACAACACCUCAACCAAUGGAUAUGGGAUCAACUGCUGUUCACGAUUAGAAACCAAAUCGCCUUAUCACAGGAGACUGCUUAUCAAUCUUUACCUAUAAAUGACGCAGCAACGCUGCUAUAUUUCAAAAAUCAAUCAGAAUUAAUGGAAUUCUCUAAACAGAGAGGUUGGUCGGUUUCUCCAUCCACUCAGCAUUUGGUUUUCAAGCAAUACAACUUGGAUGACAAACAAAUUUACACAAUUCCAUCAAAGAAUAUGAUCAGCCACUCAUUAAAUUAUGCAAAAGAAUUAGAAUCUAUUGUUUAAAUACACUUCUCAUGAAUAGCAC